AAGAUCAGCAAGAGCCACUGCCCUUGGGCUGGCAACAAAAUACGCUGCGAAAAAAAUGAUAAAAAAAUAGUUAAACAAAGAGUAUUGCGCGUUUUUGUUGGAAUGGCGUAGGAUAGCCUUUCACCCGUUGAUCCAGCGCGUUCUUGUUGGUGAUGGAAACGAUCUUUGCUGCUUCGUUGUAAUUUGGUAUCCGACCCUCUUUUAUCUAUUUAGCACCGUUUAAAAUGGAUUCGGGGGACAACUGCGAUCUCAAGCGAAAGCGUGAGGACACUGAAGAAAAGAGAGGUUCUGGGCGUACGUUUACAGGCAAGAAGUCCAGAAAAUUCGCACCAAGCAUGACAACGAGUACUUCAGAUGCUACGCUGGCUUGGACAUUCAUCGGGAAAUGAUUGGUGAUUCUUCGAGAACGUUUGCGUACAGGAAAGGAAUUCUAAAUAACUAUGCAAGAUUGUAUCAAAAGACUGUGCUCGACGUUGGAGCAGGCACAGGAAUUCUGAGCAUGUUUUGUGCACAAGCAGGAGCAAAGAGAGUGUAUGCCAUUGAAGCAAGUGAUGUAGCUCAAGUUGCAAGAAAGGUGGUGUCUUCUAAUGGUGUAGAGCAACAAGUCGAGGUCAUACAGAGCAGGGUUGAAGAUGCUGAUCUUCCUGAUAAAGUUGAUGUCAUUGUUAGUGAAUGGAUGGGGUAUAUGCUACUGUAUGAAUCUAUGUUGCAGUCUGUCAUCUAUGCUCGGGAUAAGUGGCUUAAAAAGGACGGAGUACUUCUACCAGAAAAAGCUCGCAUGUUCAUAGCGCCACUUACGGAUCCAGACGAAGGCCUCGAAAGGGUUGAAUUCUGGAAGAUGGUCAAAGACAACUUUCACGUCGACAUGUCCUGCGUUGUAGAAUUUGCAAAGGCAGAGCUAUAUAAACACAUAACGGUCAAGGCUGUAGAUGUCGAAAAUGUCAUCUCUCGAGGCACUUGUUUUCUGGAGCUUGACCUGUAUACUGUCAAGCCAGAAGAUCUGCAUUCUGUAGAGGAGGAAUUUGUGUGCUGCUGUUAUGGACAUGGAAAGGUCCACGCUUUUGUCAUCUGGUUCUCGGUAGAAUUUCCACAAGAUGUCAUCCUCUCGACAUCACCUUACGACUCAGAAACACACUGGCAGCAAACAGUACUAUACAUAAACCCUGUGGACGUGAAACAAGACUCUAUCAUCAGAGGCACUAUCACAAUCAACCCAAGUGCUGAGCAUCACAGAAUGCUUGACAUCCACUUGACCUUCACCGUUGAUGGAAAACAGCGUAGAAAACAAGUCUACAGAAUGAAUGACUACAGCCCAUGAAUGUCACAUGACUGUAUGUAGUGUAAAAAGUGCAACAUUUCAUUUUAGAGGUACUUGUGUUGCAGGUUCACACAGAGCAAUGUUGAGUUGUGUCGAUGAAUACGUCAACCAUUGUAGCAAUUUUUGCAUCACUAGCACAUAAAGCACUGACUGCAUUGAAAUGUCAAGUGGGUGCCCUAUGUGGAGAUGUUGUGUUGAGGUUUGUUGCAUGUUACGCUUGAAACAGCAGCAACCAAAUAAAUGUCGUAACAAAAGGGG